AUGAUGUCCACAGGCAUGUUGGGAGAAGAUGGCAUCCAUGUCGACAUGAACCACCUCAAGAAGGGUGAGGUCAACCUUGGAACAUCCAUCAUGGCCAUCAACUUCAAAGACGGCGUCAUAUUAGCUGCCGACAGUAGGACGACGACCGGAGCAUACAUCGCGAACCGUGUCACCGACAAGCUCACACAAGUGCACGACACCAUCUGGUGUUGCAGAUCGGGAUCAGCUGCAGAUACACAGGCUGUCGCGGAUAUCGUGCAAUAUCACCUGGGCAUGUACGGUACCACCAACGACGAGCCACCGACCACACAGACUGCAGCAGCCAUUUUCCAAGAGCUCUGCUACUCCAACAAGGACCAACUCUCAGCUGGACUCAUUAUUGCCGGAUGGGACCACCGCCACGGCGGACAGGUAUACUCGAUUCCCCUCGGAGGCUCCCUGCACAAGCAGUCAUACGCAAUUGGCGGCUCAGGCUCAACGUACAUCUAUGGAUACUGCGACGCAAACUGGAGGGAGAACAUGAGCGAGGAGGAAGGCAUCAAGUUUGUCAAGGGCGCGCUCUCAGAAGCCAUCAAGUGGGACGGCAGCUCGGGCGGUGUGAUUCGCAUGGUGGUGCUCACAGGCAAGGGCGCGCAGAGGCAUCUAUACCUGCCAGACCAGAACUACGAUGGGCCAGGCAAGCAGUAG